AUGGCGUUCUUUCCUUUUAACCUCAGAUGCUCUGCUGUGGUCUUGAUGAUAUCAGCGCUCUUAGUUGCCCUUGCUUUUGCCGUCGGUCAUGAUGCUUUAUAUCAGGGUCUGAAUAGGAAGCCCGUUUUACAUGUUGAGCCUCUGUUCACCAUAAACUCCAUUCAACUAUCCGACCAGCAAGUCUAUGUUUCACUCGGCACUUUAUUUGCUUUCCUGGUCAAAAGCUGUCUUGGAGUCAGCGUUUCAACGGCAUUUGAUCAGUUUGCAUGGAAGUCCAUUCACGGCCAAACGACCAAGAUUGCUGUGAUCGACGAUCUUUUCUCGGUUCUGAAGCAUGGCUUUACACUCCUAGAUCCACGGCUAUGGAGGCACUAUCCACUCAGCAUGACUCUUGCUGCAAUGUGUUGGCUUCUCCCCGUGCCAUCCAUUCUCACCCCAGCUACGCUAAGUGUCAAGCUAGCUCCAUUGGACGAGGUUGUUUUGCAAAGGAUACCCCGAGUCGAUUUUGCCACCGCAAAUUUCGUCAAUCUAAUCCGAAGCUAUGAGAGGGAUGCCGGAUCUCUUGGGAGGCAAUGGAUGAAGGUGUACUCCGGUCCUACGCCGGACGUUCAAAGAAUUGUCUACGGCGCAGCCACUCAGGGUAAAGUCUUAGCCAUUGACCCUGCAGCUGCCAAUUCCUCAUGGCUGCAAGAGUUCCAUGGCCCUGCCCUAGUAUGCGGUGAAGUCAACCAGACGCUCCGUGCUAUCCUCACUCGGAACAUAGCGACUGCGAUCAAUGCAUCAAAAACCAAUGACAACGGAAGUGGCUUUAGAGUGAGCUCCUACACUGGAUAUCUGUAUCUUUCAUGGGCACCAGCAGGCGAAGACCCAGUCAAUGUUGUCCCCUUUUGGCAACCUGAACACAACGGUUCCUACGUGCUGCAAGCGCGUCAAAUUGGACCUGACCCAUGGGCCACUGGGGGAACGGAAGAUACAUGGCUCUCAACAGCCUCAGAGCCGAUUCAGAAAAGAUCGCCUCUGUCAGUCUUUGUCGCCAGUUUCCCGCGCAUGGCUCACAAUGUCGAUAUCGACAAUUUGGAUGCUGCAUUGCAGAAUUCUACCAUUGUACAAUGCUUCCUCCACAAUGCAACAUACCAAGCAUCUUUUGAGUAUGUCAACGGGAAUCAGACAGUUCGCGUGAUAGACCAAAAGAUCCUGGAUGGGAUUUCUCUCCUUGGCGGAAUCGAAGGCGUGGUCUCUCAAAAUCAAUCUUCUUUCAUACAAAACCCCCAGAUCAUGGAAUCCAUGGCUUACCAGUCGGUAAUGGAUGCAUUCUGUGGUCUUUUGUAUGGAUACAUUGGGACAAAUAUAUUCAAAGCCAAUAAUGAUACCGUCCCGGGCUACGCGUCCACUCCAUCGAGGGCGCACACAGAUGUGACUUCAACAAUAUUGAUGGAGACGGAAGAACUUCACCAACUCAAAGCCAAUUUGAUCUCUGGUGGUAAUGAUUCAUAUAUUGAUUAUUGGCGUGGAAGGUCUAUGAGUUCGCUGGAUCAACCUUUGACACCACUGGCAACCACAAUCCAAGAUCUUUUCCGAAACACCACCAUCUCAUUCAUGAGUUCCUCUUUAUUUCAGCCAAAUUACUCAACAACAACAGUCCCAAACACAAACGUGACUAUCUCAACCUACCGCAACAUCUACAACUAUAGUCGAUUAACUCUAUGGGUUACUUAUGGCAUUGCACUGGGCGUCACCCUCUUAAGUGUAAUUGCAGGUGUCUUAGUAUGGCUCUCAAGCCAAGGCUCAUACAGCAGCAAGUUCUCGACAAUACUGCGGAUCUCCCAGGGGGCCACGAUAUCCGUCAAGCUCGAAAAGGAAGAUUAUAGUGGAUUCGACCCUUUGCCAGAUCAUAUUGCAAAUGCGCAAUUGAGACCCGGCUAUGGUUUACAGGAGGCUACUAGCGAGAUGGUAGCUGCUGAAAGUCGCCCUUCUACAGAGUUGCUGUCUAGUGGAUUGGACGAGGAGCAUCAAAAUUGUUGA